CGGCAAGUCAAAUGGCUAAGGUUGUUAUCGCUGGGCUCAGCGACUGUCCGUCAUUCGCACGAAUCGAACUUCUAGCGGACCAAUUGGCGCGGGACUUGCCCGAUUUCAGAGUCACAAAGUUUAUCAAACAACCUUCUGAAUGGAAGGCAAGUCAGUGAUCUCACCACUAACAUUAUCCAGGCGUUCAUCCAUUGGAUUCGCGAGAGACACGGCUGGGUCGUAAUGAAAUCUCCCGUUGUGUGGAGGGAGCUGGUUGACCAGGGCGGAGAGGGCACCCUCAUUGGUGGAGCGGAUGAGUUUCAAGAAUAUGUAGCGGCUUAUUAUGAUAGAUAUAGCCAAAUGACUACCAACGAGAUGAUGAAAGUUGCCGAGGAUAACACGCGGUUUAAACAGGAAGAAGUGAGAGAGAAACAGGAGGAAAUCGCCUUACGAAGUGUACCUUCUAGCAUUUUGAUUUUCGGCGCCAGUUCGCCUGCGGCCGUACAUCUCCUGCCUUAUUUGGCAAAAUAUGGCAUGUUUCUUCCUCAGAACCCUAUUUCCCUGCACCUAUAUGAUGAGGAUGAAAAAAUGGAGUCACUUAUUGAAAUAAAAGAAGCUUUGGUUGACUUAGCUGCGCCUAUGUUGGAGGAAGUGAAAAUAGUCACAAAUCUGGCCACGAGUCUAGCAAACGUCCAGCAAGUAAUCUUUUUGGAUGUGAUCCCAAGAAUCCAACUAGCAGACUUUGGGAAGUCUACUGCGUCGCUCACAAGAUCUACUACCACAGCCACAGAACUUCGAGACUUUGAACCUCGACAGGAUUGGCUUAGGCGUAGAUACGCAUUUUUUGCCUCAGUUGGUCUGCUCAUCAAAGCCAAUUGUCAGUCUUCUGUGCGCAUUUUGGUGUGUGGUAACCCUGGGAUGGACUCACAAUCGAUGAAUGCGGCCACGCCAGUGAAUUUUGAUGUCGCAGUGCUACACAAGAUUAUAUCACCAGAGAUACCCGCAAGACAAAUUGUUGGACUGUCAGGUCCUAUCGAGCAACGCGUCAAAGCCGUUCUGGCCACCAAAGUACAAGUCCACAGCCACGAGAUUACCGACGUAAUAAUAUGGGGUAACAUCGGGGCCAGAAUUUACAUCGAUCUAAGCCGAUCGCAAGUUUAUCGCAGGCGAACAUCAGAUGCCGGACUAGUCGCUGGUUCCUGGUUUCCUCUGCCAACUGUGGGGGCGGUUCGGGAGCUGGAUUGGUUAAGCUACGAGAUGCAGACAGAGGUGUCUACAAAAAGAACCAAAAGCAUCCGACAGUACAUCGGUUUGAGUCACGCCCAAGCAGUAAUCCGUCUUCUUCAGGGGUGGUGGACCGGUAGUGUGAAGGAUAAAGAAAAUAUUUACUCACUGGUGGUUGUGUCAGAAGACUGGUACGGCGUUCCGCCUGGAGUGGCCUUCUCGUUUCCAGUGGUCAGGCGGCCCACGUUAUGCUGGUCAGUGGUGCAGGAUGUGGAGAUAAGCCCACAAGCACAAUCGGAGAUCGAAGCAUGUGUCAGGGCAAAAGAGUAUUCGGUGGCGACAGAAGAGCUGACCUCGAUAGCAAACCAUUUUCGUUACCUUGUCUCAUCCCUUUCGACAAUGGAGAGGACUUUAUUGGAUCGACAUUUAUUACAAUUAAACAGCAUCUUGAGGCCGGCUUGGGACACUAUGAACUGGAAGAGCUUGAGUAUAAUGGACUAUGUAACACGUGCCAAAGACGCAUUGCAUCACUUUUCUGUCAUUCAUUCCAUCGUACAAAGAACUGUAGAAGAGAUUGGGAUCAUUUUGGAAUCCAUUUCAUCCGCUGAUUUGUUCCCUAUCCUCAAACCACCUAAUCGAAACAUGGUCUUGGCCACGGGAACACUACGAACUUGCAAAGAACAUUUCACAGAAACCGCCGCUGAGCGCCAAAGACGGUUCGAAGGACUGGCUAGGCAGUACCUUUCCAUCAGCUCGCUGUUGUUGAAACUGGAAGGCGCUGUGUUUGAGACCAGUACAGGUGCACAACAACGUAUGGUGUCGUACUACUCUCAUUGGGAAAAACAGAUAUUUCGACAUCUGUAUGAAAUGGUCCUAAAAAGCCUCAGACAGUACCUCCAGCAUAUUCAACGUCCAAAUGAACCUUUGUUUGCACUGGAUCUGAUGUUGGCCGGAACAGAUGUGGUCGGAAACCCCCAACCGGCUGAGCUCUAUCGUCUUGUGAUACAGGAGCUCCGAGACGCCGUGGAGUCAACCAGGGUGUUUGUGCGUUGGUGCCGAGGUACUUGCAAGAUCGCCCCUGCAGUGAAAUUGGGUGACGGCGACAAUUCACACGUGUUUACUUUCUACGAAGACAUCAUUAGGUCGAACGAUGUUCUGAGCCUAGUGAGUCAGAUUGCCAAAGUAUAUGCGAAUAUGGUCGAUCGAGUGAAGCGCUACCUAGAUGGCUGGAGGAAGCACAAAAGCAAAUUUAUCCCUAAUAAGCUCGCUCAGGUGGAGCGCUGGAUGAGCAAAGGCCGGAGUGUGAUGGAAGUGCACGGGAGAAUACUUGAGCAAGAGGACAAACUGGUCGAGUUGACGGACAUUUCUACGGAACGUACCGUGGGCUGCAUUCAACUCCGACUGACUCAACUCAUCGGCAAUAUUCACGAACAUCGGAAAAAAUGGACCCAGACGUAUUGUCAUUUUUUGCACAUCUCCAGUCAAGAGCUUGUCACCAGUUUACAGACCCAACUCAAGCGCUGGUCCGAUAAGCUCACUGUGGAUCCGAGCAACGCGGAUGAGAUAAAGGAAGUGCUUCAGACUGCACGUGACAUAAAUUUGUCUAGCGUCGAUGUCGAAUUACAGCUGAGAGAUAUAUUCGAACGUUAUCACGUUCUUCAAUUUCAUCACUUUCCAUUGACCGAAUCGGAACAGUCCGUUGUGAACGACAUUGCCAACAUUUGGACCAGCAUACAAGAAGCGACUGUGAAUAAAACAACUUCGCUGGCCCCCAUCAAACGGAAAUUCCGGAGGCUAACAAGACAACAGACUAUCACAUUUAUAAGUGAAGUGGACCAAUUUGUCGAGUGGUUCACAAAAGAGGGUCCGGGUACUAAAACUGACGAUCUUGAUGAAGGAGCCAGUUUAAUGAAGGAAACCACUGAUGAACUGUCCGCACUCGAGACACGGCGACAGGGACUAGCCGCUGCUGAAAAACUGUUUGACCUUCCCGUAACCUCUUAUCCCCAACUCACGCAAAUAAAUAGCGAAAUACAAAAUCUUUGGAAAUUGUUCACUCUGUAUGGUGAGCAUAAGCAGGCCCGUCGGGAAUGGGCCGAGACCUUAUGGCGACAACUGGACAUCCAGCGGCUCCAAAAUGGUGUUGAAUGUCAUCUGAAAUCGCUACGCCAAAUGCCGAAAACGGUUCGCACGCACCCAAUUGGACGAGCCUUGUACGAAUAUAUGCGAUCGUUUCGGGACUCACUGCCCUUGAUUUUGGACCUCAAGCACGAAGCUCUACGGAAGCGGCACUGGGACGAGUUGAUGAAACAGACCGGUCAGGCGUUCGAUAGCGACUCGAGUACAUUUACGCUCGCCAACGUUUUCGCCAUGGAAUUGUAUCGCUAUCGUGAACAAAUAUCCCAAAUCCUCUCGGUUGCUAUCAAAGAAAUGAAUAUCGAGAAGGCUUUGUGUGAAAUCGAGGAGACCUGGCGGAACUUGCAGUUCACUUUGGUGAACUACUCAAGAGGUGAGAAAAUGCAUGCUUCGCUGCUAGGUUCAGUGGACGACAUUCUACUCGCGCUGGACGAUAACUCAGUGAACCUACAAUCCAUGGCAUCUAGUCGUUUUGUUCGUCCGUUUCUAAGCAAUGUUCAGGCUUGGGAGAAAAAUCUGAGCAUAAUCAGUGAUGUUUUACAAACUUGGCUCACAGUGCAACGCAAGUGGAUAUAUUUGGAGGGAAUUUUCGCAGGAAGUGACAUCAGCUUCCAGCUUCCGGAGGAAGCAAAAAAAUUUAAUGAAAUGGAUAAAUCUUUCAAAACGCUCACAAGUGAGGUGGUGAAAUGUCCAAAUGUGAAGACUUGCUGUUUGGUCUCUGGCCGUUUAAGCGAACUACAGAGGCUAAGUGAAGGACUUGAAAAGUGUCAAAAAUCACUAACCAAUUACCUGGACACCAAACGAAAUGCGUUUCCAAGAUUCUUCUUUGUCUCGGAUGAUGAACUGUUAAGCAUCCUGGGCUCGGGUGAUCCACAAGGUAUACAAGAGCACAUAAUUAAGAUGUUUGAUAAUAUCGCAUCCCUACGCAUUGAAGGAAAUGUCCCGUCCACUCGUCUGGAGCAACCCUUGGUCACGGCGAUGCUGUCCAGUGAAGGAGAGGUAAUGGAGUUUCGAGAAGCCCAACCGGCAACUGGGAAUGUGGAACACUGGAUGACUUUAGUGGAGGCGGAAAUGAAACGCUCCAAUCGUCUAAUUACCAAAGAAGCCGUAUUCUACUAUCGUUUUAAAAUUAGUCGGGUCGACUGGCUAUUCCGUUAUCAUGGUAUGGUGGUCCUGGCGGCCAAUCAAAUUUGGUGGACUUGGGAAGUGGAAGACGUGUUCCGAAGAAUUGACCAUGGUAACAAAAAUGCUAUGAAGGACUACUCCCAAAUGCAGCAAAAACAAUUGGAUGAUGUGGUUGUUCGCAUCCGCAGCCCGUUAUCAAACAAUGACCGCGCCAAAUUUACCACUGUACUCACUAUCGACGUCCAUGCAAGAGACAUUGUAACUGACUUCAUCCGUGACGAUGUGGUGACAAAACAAGAAUUUGCCUGGGAAUCACAACUGCGUUUUUACUGGUCAAAAGCAUCCGAUAAUUUGAUCGUUUGUCAGUGCAAUGGGCAGUUCAGUUAUGGUUACGAGUACAUGGGCUUGAACGGACGCCUGGUGAUUACACCUCUGACAGAUCGUAUAUAUCUCACCCUUACCCAAGCCCUAUCCAUGUAUUUGGGUGGUGCACCAGCGGGCCCAGCAGGCACAGGAAAAACAGAAACGGUCAAAGACUUGGCGAAGGCACUAGGCUUGUUAUGUGUAGUCACCAACUGUGGUGAAGGAAUGGACUAUAAGACGGUAGGAAAGAUUUUCUCUGGUUUGUGCCAGUGCGGUGCAUGGGGUUGCUUCGACGAAUUCAAUCGCAUUGAAGCCUCUGUGCUCUCAGUCAUUUCGACGCAACUCAGAAUGAUCCAAACUGCUCUGAGGAAUCACGCGCAACGCAUUCUCUUUGAGGGUAUGGAAAUAACUCUGAAAUCGCAUGUUGGAGUGUUCAUUACCAUGAAUCCGGGCUAUGCUGGAAGAACUGAGUUGCCGGAAUCUGUAAAAGCAUUAUUCAGGCCAGUGGUCGUAGUUGUACCGGAUUUGCAACAAAUAUGCGAGAUUAUGCUGUUCUCUCAAGGCUUUCUGCUCGCCAAGCCGUUGGCGAAGAAGAUGACAACCUUCUAUAAGUUCGCUUCGGCGCAAUUGUCCAAACAGUAUCAUUAUGACUUCGGUCUGCGAGCAUUGAAAUCGGUUUUGGUUACAGCCGGAGAGCUAAGGCGCAGUGCGGCUGACCUACCAGAGGAAGUGGUUAUAAUGCGAGCAUUGCGAGAUAUGAAUCUUCCCAAAUUAGUUUCUGAAGACACUCCACUCCUUAUUUCACUAACCAAAGACCUAUUUCCCGGAUUAAGCUGCCCCCGACUACAACAUCCAGAAUUCAUGGAAGCUGUGGAACAUAGUCUGUUGGUGUUGGGAUACACUCCAAACCCAGUACAGUCCGACAAAGUUGUGCAAUUGUACGAGAUUAUGCAGACGCGCCAUACCACUAUGGUGAUCGGUCCGACUGGCGGGGGUAAGUCGGUCGUUAUUGAGGCACUUUGUAAUGCGCAAACGCAAAUGGGCUUGCCAACGAAAACGUACCCCAUCAAUCCCAAGGAUCGCAGCGUUACCGAGCUGUAUGGAGUGCUGGAUCCAAAUACCAGGGACUGGAAGGAUGGUCUCCUUUCCAGUAUUUUCCGCGAAAUCAACAGACCUACUGAUCGACCCGAGCGGCGCUACAUUCUCUUUGACGGGGACGUGGAUCCCAUUUGGGUGGAGAACAUGAAUUCCGUCAUGGAUGAUAAUCGUAUCCUUACAUUGGCCAGUGGAGAAAGAAUCAGGCUACAGACCUACUGUGCCUUGCUGUUUGAAGUCGGCGAUCUGCAGUACGCUUCUCCGGCCACAGUCUCGAGAUGCGGUAUGGUCUAUGUUGACCCCAAGGACCUUGGCUAUGAACCAUAUUGGAAGCGUUGGCUCCGAAGCUUGACCAGCAAGUUCCAACAGGACUCACUUACGGAGUUGUAUGACAAGUACCUCGUACUCGUUCUGGAUCGAAUUUUUGUGGGCGUAGUUGAUGGCAAGAAAGCCGAUCGGCUACGUCAGGCAAUUCCCUUGACUGCGCUAAACCUGAUAACUCAGCUGUGCCACUUGUUAAACUGCUUACUCGGGGAGGAUGAACUGGAAGAAUUUUGUCACAUCGAAAGCAUAUUUUUGUUCUGCUUAUACUUCGGCGUCGGUGGCGUCCUGAUAGAUGAGGAUCGAGCAAAGUUCGAUACCUAUGUCAAGCAUCUCAGCGGUUUGCCAGAGACGUCGGAACCAGAAACACGGGACCAUCCAGCGAAAGCAGGAGAGUUACCAUGCUCCCAGCGAUUUUUAUUUGAUUAUCUAUACGACACACAAAGGCUUGUGUGGAUACCCUGGCAACAGCUUGUUCCUGUGUACAUUCACGACACCAGUAAAAGGUAUUCAGCUUUACUGGUACCCACUACAGAAACGGUGCGUGUUAGCUGGCUGAUUGAUCAGUUGGUUAAGAAUGAUAGACCUUUGCUUCUCGUCGGUCACACGAGUACUUCGAAAACGGCCACCUGCCGACGAUUUUUGGCAGAACUGGACCCCGAAAAAUAUGUUGUGCUCAUAAUGAAUUUCUCUUAUCGGACCACCUCAAUGGAUGUGCAGCGCAAUAUAGAAACGUGUGUGGAAAAGCGUAGCAAAAACACCUACGGACCAGUCUCUGGAAAACAACUGCUAUUCUUCAUGGACGAUUUGAACAUGCCACAAAUGGAUCCAUACGGCACGCAGCAACCAAUAGCGCUACUGAAACUGCUACUGGAACGUAAGGGGAUGUACGACCGGGGAUCCUCACUUGACUGGAAGCGACUGCAUAAUAUCCGCUACUUGGCAGCGAUGGGAAGACCGGGUGGUGGCAGGUCAAAUGUAGACCCACGGUUCACGUCCCUUUUCUCUGUACUAAAUGUGUCAGCUCCCACAAAGGAAACUUUGAAACACAUAUACAGUUCUAUAUUGAUUGGUCACACGGCUGGUUUCGGCGGAAACAUAAAAGAUGCGUGUGAGGAAAUUACAGAGAUGACACUUGGAUUAUUCGCACGCCUCACUUCUCAGUUACCUCCGACUCCGUCCAAGUUCCAUUACGUCUUUAACAUGCGUGAUAUCAGUCGCAUUUACAGUGGCUUGUGCUUGAUGACAGUGGAUCGCUUCAGCCGCACUGAACAAAUGGUUCGUCUCUGGUACCAUGAAGUCCGGCGGGUUAUCAUGGAUCGGUUGGUCGACAUUUCAGAUCAGCAGUUGGUGAAGGGUUUCGUCAUGGAACUAAUACGUGAACACUUUAAGGAAUAUGAGAACUAUGCCACGACUGAUCCUAUCUUAUUCGGCGAUUACCGGACAGCACUGGAUGAUUCCGAGUUGCGGCUGUACGAGGAUCUUGUGGAUUAUGAAAACUGCCGCGUCAUAUGUCAAGAGCUUAGUCCAAAGGAGAGUAUGCAUUCUCGUAAACUUUCAACAGGGUUGGUUUGUCCUUUAGUGAUCGUGGAGAUGGCGUGCGGCUGGCAGUUUGGCAAACUUCUGGAAGAGAAAGACACAAACGCUGAUAAUCAGAUCGCUAGGCUUACUGGAGGACUGCAAAAAUUGGCCGAAGCUUCCGUACAGUUGGACGAACUGAACUCGAAGCUGGCUGUUCAGCGAAUUGCAGUGGUCCAAAAAACACAAGCUUGUGAGACACUAUUAUCGGAAAUAACCAACAGUAGCCAACGUACGAUAGAGAAGAAAGAGAUGGCGGUUUCAAAAGGAAAAGAAAUUGAAGGUCAAGCGAAAGAAAUUGAAUCUGAAAAG